AUGUCAUCUUCCCAACUGCGCAUUCAGUCUAUACUCUCUCCUGUGUCGGAUUCCGAUGACGCACCCACGGGGAAGAGAAGGCGCCACGAAACCUUUCUGCCAUGGGCGGGAAGCUCCACAAGCCCUGCUGUAGAAGAGCUCACAGAUAGGCAAGCUCCAGGAGGGGCUAGACUUCACAGCUCCGCAAUACCCGACGACAACAACUUAGGCCGACGGCGGGAGGCUCAAAUCAAAUGCGAUACCGAAAACACGGGAUCGUCUUGCGACACAUGCAUCAAGCCGGGACAUAAGUCGCUUGCUCAGGAAGUGCUUUCGGCGCCCUAUCUCACCGUAGACUUAUGGCAUCAACUCUCCGACAUCUACAAGCUGCACUUCGCUACUGAACUCCCGUUCUUACAUGUCCCAACUUUGACGGGCAUCAUUCACGACAAGGACAACAACAAGCCGUCAACCGAACCAAACCUGAUUCUUUUGGGUAUUCUGGCACUUACAGCAAGAUUCCAGCCUGAUUGGGUCAAAUAUGUGGCGCACAUCACACAUGACAAAAUCGCGGACCCCAAAUCUCGCGGUGCUCUACCCAGACCAGAGCCUUCAAUGGCAUCGGAGUACUUUGCAAAUGUUCUUACAAAAGCGCUGGGACCGCUCGAAUCAGCUUUGACAACAGUUACCGUUGUCAAUGUCCAGACUUUUCUCAUGCUCGGCGUCUACCAAUGGAGCCAGCCGAACGGGGGCCGAGCUGCAUGGAUGUACGUUGGCGUCGCCAUACGGAUGGCUCAAGCCUUGAAAUUGGGAUUUGAAGACAAACCUUUGAACAGCAAGCGAGCUUUGGCGCCGUCUCCAUGUUUCGCAGGCGGCCGUUAUACGGAAUCACUUCCGCCGUGGGACAAAGAGUCGGCCUUCAACCAACUAAGAGUGAAAGUAGACGCCUUUUAUACUCACCUUCCGGAAAAGCUCACCUGGUCGACUUUGAACUUUUGGAAGCACGACAGCAGCUUAUUUGUGUCGCUCCACAUGCUGCGUGCUCUCUGCAAAAUCAUGCUGCAUCGGGAAUACAUCCCUUUCAUCGCCAUCAAGUGCUCCGAGCCAAGUGGAACUUUGGAUGAGCCCAUGUUUGAUUCCAGCACUGUUCCCGACGACUUCUGGGAGCGAAGUGCAGAGCGGGUUUUUAAGGCCGGCAGGGAAAUCGUUGACCUCGUAUCGGCAUGCCGAGGUAACCUCCUCAUUCGUCACUGGUCAUAUUCGCGAUCUGGCAAGCAGCCAUUGUCGGGAUUUAUGCACGGGAAUUUCCUCACAUGGAUGCUCAACAUCACAUGGUGA